UUUGUGACCUUUAACUAAAAAAAAAAAAAAAAACUAUUUUGUGACCUUGUUUGCUUUUUUUUCGCUAUAAAAAAGGAGAGGUAGAGAAAGACGGUAACUAAAUAUUGUAGAGAGAGAGAGAAGCAGGAGAGAGAUGAAGCCGGGCAAUAUAAGCGCAUUGAACCAAGCUGUGGUAGGAGAGGCCCACCAGAGCACCGAAAAGCAGAGCGUUGGUGUUGGUGGCGUUGGCGGCGUCGGUGGUUAUAUCCACUCUGGAAUGUGCAAGCAGGAGAGGUAGAGAAAGACGGUAACUAAAUAUUGUAGAGAGAGAGAGAAGCAGGAGAGAGAUGAAGCCGGGCAAUAUAAGCGCAUUGAACCAAGCUGUGGUAGGAGAGGCCCACCAGAGCACCGAAAAGCAGAGCGUUGGUGUUGGUGGCGUUGGCGGCGUCGGUGGUUAUAUCCACUCUGGAAUGUGCAAGCAGGUAAGUUUUUCUCUCCUUCAGUUCUUCCUCUCUCUUCUUCUCUCCAAGCACCGCCGCAAGCCCACACCAUCUUCGCCCUCGCCGGUCUGCCAUCGGCACCGCCGGUCAGAUUAUUCACGGCCGAGCACUCCACAUCCGAUUUGUCCUCAGCCGAGUCGUCCUCGCCACAGCCCGAAGUCAGCCCGUCACCGCCGUUGUCAGUCAGUCGCGCCCAUCGCGGCCGCUAUCAUCCGAAGCCGAGCCCUCCACCGGCUAGCUCACCGCCGACUGGCUCUAUCACGGCCGAGCCCUCGAUCUCAAAGCCCUCUGCUGGAUCUCUCUCGUCUCCACCUCGAUUCGCCGCCGUAAACUCUCAGCUCCGGAGCCUUCGCUGCCGACUGAUAUAUAUCGGCCACCGUUGAAGGAAACACCAGGAAACCCCAUCGUCUCCGGGAUCCGGCUCCACCUUGGCCGGAUUCGAGGGAUUCAGAGCUUGUGCGGCCGUCGCGAUCUGUCGCCAUCGCCAACGGCGAUCUGUUCUCUCGCACCCUCGCCGCUUCAACUCUCUGCUCAGUCGGCGACCCGCCAUCCAGUCACCGGAUCUCUCCGGGCGGAUCUGUCUCUAGUAACUUUCAUUUUCGCCAUAGAACCACCAUCUCCGGUGGGAGUUCCACUGUGGGCAGAACAGAGAGUGUACACACAUAGACUUCUCCUCACUUAGUGGUGGUCUCCAUGGCAGGAAUCCAUGGAUUCUGGCUAAUUAUGGUGAAAGCUCUUCCUCAAGUCGAGAUGGCACUAUGCAACUCCCACAAGGUGAGAUUGAUAAAAGCUUACCAAAUGAUGAUGAAACGCAUGGCAAGUUCGGAAUCGGAACACCACCACCUGGGCAGCACUCGAUAAGUAGGGAACUUCUUGUAUUGGAUAUCGAGCAGCAGGGGUUGCUUACUUCAAGCCAAAUGGAUCGGAAAUGGCGUUGGGGUUGCUUACUCGAGGGCACCGAUCCAAAUGAUGGUCAGAUGAAGUUGGGGAAGAUAUUCCUUGCGAUGAUUGGUCAAGCGAUUGUUUCUCUCAUGACCUACACUCAGAAUGGGACCUCCUCUUACUUGGCUAAAACUAAGUGGGCUUCCUACUUUGUUAAAGCAGCCAUUGCAGUUGGAUUCAUUGUUAUUCUGAUUGCUUUUUUUCUCCAUCGUAAGAAGAAAUUAGUGGCAGCUGAUAUCUUUCAGAUAAUAGGAAUCAUUGCUGCGGUAUGUGCCUUUAUUGUUGCGCUGGGAACCUCGUUCAUUCCGGCCUAGAUUCAUUGGGGGGCUUUUCACCUUAUAAGCAUUCUACGAUUUUUCGUUUGUUGUUUCUAAAUAUUGCAAAUCUCUCAUGUGUUUUUUAAGUAACACUCCAUUCCAUGUGAGUGGGGAGGUGACCUUGCUCGCCUCCCACGUUAAUAAUCUUCUUGUUUUUUUGUUUUUGUGUGUUAGAUCUGCUCUUAUUUGGUUUGUUUCUGGUUUAAUAAUAGGGUGGAUCUGUUUUUUUUUGGGUCUGUUUUUUUGUUGGUCUAUUUUUGUUUUCCGUGGUUGAUAUUGUACGGAAGUCUCUUGUGGAUGAAGUUCUGGAGUUGUUGUCUUGACUUUUGGUCAUUGGUCAUUCUUGUUUCUGCUCCUAUCUCCAGGUGGUUUUCGUUCUAGAGUUAAAUCUGGAGCUUAUUUUUUAUUUUAUUAUUCAGUUUCAUGAUUUGUAUGUCUUUAUUGGCUUAGUUUAUGUCUCUGUAAUGCCACUUUGAUUUCGCCUUCGCGCCUUAAAAAAAAAUAAUAUCUCUAAUGUGUUUAUCUUUCAAAAA